UCACUCAUUCCGUAGUAUUGUAAAUUCAGCCAGCUUCUUAUUAAAAUGCAUCAAAUCUGUUUAAGCAGUUGUGGUUUUAAAUCAGAAAACACAAAGUCUCGUGUUCUUAAUCGAAAAAUCAGUCAUCUAUUGACAUGCAAAAAAAGAUUUAUUUUGAAAGAGUGAUAUUAUUAAGUUGGUGACAAAAAGACUGAUGAAAUAACUUGGGACGUGAUGCCCUUGAAAUUUGAAAUUAUUAACUUUGUUAUUGCUUUCAGAAGGGUACUCGGACACUUAUGUACAUCUUCUUAAAGCCAGUUAUUGUGCAAUGAAGGCGUUGGAGUUGCCAAAAAGUGAAGUUACGUGAUAAUUUAUCGCAUGUUUGAAGUAAAUAAAAUAUUGACUACACAACUUCAUUUUGUUUCUAAUCAUGUUUAGUUCGUACAAAAAUAUAAGUAAUCUAUUCUCCGAAAUCCCUUUGUUUACCGUGUUAAAUCAAAUAAAGAAAAAUUUCUUCUCAGACUAAACGUAUCUGGCAAACUUUUUGCAAAAAUAUAAACCGAAGACCUCAUUUGGAUUGAAUCAUACAAUCCGUAUAUUUGUAAAAAUUUUUGUAAACAUCUCCACUAAGUUCUAUUGCAUAAACAUGUCAAGCAAGUCAGUAUCAUAUACCUGUGAUAGGACAGAAAAUACAGGAUCGUCCAGUCAAAGUAAUAUUUUGAAUGUAAAAUCUUCGUUCAAAGAACCUGGGUCCAAAAACAUACUUCAACAUCUGUUAACAACCUUCAGCAUGCCGUUUUGCGAUGAAGUAAAUAAAACUGCAGCCGCCGCACUAUCAGCGGAGGGAGAAGAGACAUCGGACGAUGAUAGUGCGAAUGACACUAAGGCGCAUCCGAUUAGUCUUGGAUGCCCUUACUGGGCGCAACGACGACGCACUAUUUCUGAACAAAGUGAUGAUAUUUGCUUCUUAGAUGAUGAUGGAAGUACUUAUCAAACUUCCGAUUCGUCCCCUGCGUACUAUGAUGAUGAUGAGGAUGAUGAUGAUGAUGAUGAAGAUAGUAGUGAUACAGAAGAUGACGACUGCACCAGCGAAAACAAUUUUGAUUUAGAAAAAUAUCACUCAAAUGAAAGUUUGGAUGAGAAAAUUUCAACCAGCAUCGAACCUACAACUCAUGGAAAAAUCAAAAAGGUUCGCUUUAACUUAGCUCCGGAGAUUCAUACAAUGUAUGCUUGGAGUUUCGCCUACCAAUCUGCCAGAAAGGGGCAUUGGGAAAUGUUUGCCCGUGAUCGAGAUCGUUUUCGCAAGCGAAUUGAGAACACUUCCAAAUACUUAAACCCAAUCCUAACACCUGAACAUCGUAAUAUGAUCUAUAAUACUAGGUUUAGCAAUGAAAUAUAAUAUAGUUAAGCAUAUAUUUUAAGUACAGUUACAUUUUAAGUAUACAUUUUUUAAUUUUAACUGCAAAUAAAAAAAGAUAGUACCUAAUCACGAAUGGUAAUUAUUUUCUAUAAAAUAUCUAUUGGAUCUAGUCCCGGCACCUUACUUCACUCUGACUCACUCGAUCCCAGAGCAGAAUAAAUUGUGGGGCUUAAAUGCAGAAUGCCUACAUUUUCCAGACUAAGAAGGUCCUUAUGGCCAUCAUAAUUGAAUGGUUUUUUUGAUGCCACUGUUUGUGUAAUAAAAAUUCUUUUAACCUUUGGUAGACACAUUUUAUUUUUUAACGUAAACGACACACGGCGUUGUUGAGUUUCACCUCAAUUCAUAAACUUUUUCCCACGAACAGAGUUAAGGUUUUUAUUAUAUUUACACUUUUUUUGUAAGUAUUUAGAAAACAUGAAUUUAAAAUGAAUUGCUUAAUUUAAUUUAUUCAAAGAUAUCAGAUAAUAAAUAUAUAAUACUAUUGUAACAUUCUUGGAUUUCAUUCAUAUAAAGAGAAUUUGUAUUAGCCUUUGUAUAGGCUUCGCGUUGUGAAGAAAUACCUAUGUCCGAAAACUAAUGUGAACUAAAAAAAAAGUAUAAGGAUAAUAUGGAAAAAUAGCAAAUUCAUAAAAGUUAGUUAGUGAAUUAUUAGUAAGUUAGUUGCAUUAUAUGGUUUAAGUAGUAGUAUGAACUAUAUUUUUAUAUAAAUUUAAUCAAAAUUCAAAAAAAUAAAUAGUCAAAACCUAUCAA